AAACAUACUGUAAAGGAAUAAUGCUGUAAUGGAAAUCUACACGAGAGGUUCCUCUGAAAUGACUGUAGAAAUAAUGUCCAUCAGUUUUGGAAACACUUUAUCUUUUACUUCCUUUUCUCCGGAAAAGAAGGAGGAAUGCUAUGUCUCAUAAAGAGGAUUACACACACGUUCCCUGGACAAACACUGCCGCUGGAGGUGACCUCUUGGAAAAAAAAAAUCCUUAUCUCUGUAAACAUGAUCCUGUGACUAAUAAAGUUCCCUCUAAUUUCUCUUUGGGAUUAAUAAAGUAUUUUUGAUUGAGAGUUGCUUUUGCCAUUUUAAACACAGAAUGUCCUGUAAGGCCAAGAUGUUACCAUCCAAAUAAAGUGUUGUGUUCCCCUUUAAAUAUGAAGCAGUUUGUGAGCAGAAACUUGAAGAAAAAUUGCUAAAAUGUGAGUUUGUUUGGAAUUUGUUUGCUUUGUUGCUAAGAUGUGAUUGAACCCAGUUUUGCCAUUGGUUCAUGAUUUUCAGAUUUUUCUUCUGGUAUAGGAAAUCUUUAGUAAAACUCAAAACUGACUACUCGACUCAAUUUGAAAUCAUUUCCAAAGUUCUUUAAUAUCAUUUCUGCUUUUUAAAAUAAACUUUCAUAAUACAUCAGAUGUUUCAGAGGAACUACCCCAUCUCUUGAUUUUGUGAAGUAAGGAAGUGCUUAUUUCCUUAAGAAGGGGACAUAAACCCCACAUAUAGAGGGGCUGUGACAAAUAAAUCCAAAUAAUGAUCAUAAUGUUUAUUAUUGAGACAUAUAUGCAUUAAAACAUUUGGGGAGACAUAAACUGUCUGAGAACAUGUUUUAUUCAAGAAUAAGCUCAGAAAAUAAUAAAGAAAUAUUACAAUGUUAUAAGAAUGUUGUUUAUUAGGAGUCGAACAACAUCUGUAACAUAACCUUUUUAUCUUUUCUAAUUUGUUAGAAUAUUUACGUGUUUCAUUGGUAACUUCAGAACAAGAAAGAUUUGACAUUCUAUUAAAUUUUUAAAGGACAGAAUGUUUUAAAGAAAACUGAAACUUUCAAAAUAGGAACAGAAAAUGUUUUCAUUUAUGGCAAACUAACUUUAACAAUUAUUUGAUAAAAGCAAAAUAUUUUGGACUCAACACUAAACCUUGUGGAAUUCUACGUUUAAUGUAUUUUCUUGGUUUUAAAAGCUGUAAAAACAAUUUAAUUUUUUUUUAAACUAAAGAUUUAUAAAACCAAAAUAAACAAAAUGAACAUGCAGUUUAUAAAUCUGUUGCAUAAAAGACUGCUUUAACAUCAGUGAAUACUAAUUGUUAACCAUUUUUUCUUGUAGAACGGGAGAAACAACUCAUAAAAGAAAACAUGCAAAAUGGGACAUUUUGAGAGUCUUUCUGGUGCUAACUUGACAUGAUUCACAAAACUAAUUUAUAAAUAAAUGAAAUGAUUUUGACAAAAAUCACGAUGAUUUGCACCAUCACUGUCAUCCAGUUUCACAGCAGCCCCUCGUUUUAACGCCAACAGGGAGGGUGGCUGUUUUUUGAGGCACAAUGACCUUAUUGAAAUUCCACCAAACACAACAACACAUUGUGCAAAUAACCCAGCUUUCUUUUCUGGGUAUUUAAAAUGAAAAACACGCAGAUUUUCUGCUCUCCUUCAUGUCUGUUUUACCUUUUUCUUUUUUGGAAGAUGACUGAUGUACAUUCAGCUCCGGAUGUCUCUCUGUAUCUCCACAGUAUUCUGAAGAACCACACAGCUCAUGCUUGUGAAGGAGACAUUCUCAUCAUCAAGUGUCCCCGCAGGACGUCGGUUGCUGUUCUAUCAGCCUUCUAUGGACGACGUGUUCCCGAUAAGUAUUUAUGUCCCUCUGUAAACACAAACAUGACAGGAGAGAGGGACACAGAGUGCACCUCCCCUGUUGCCAACGAGAAGGUGCUGUCAGAGUGUCAGGACCAGCAGUCGUGUCACAUCCCUGUCCUCGCUCCAGUGUUUGGACCAGACUCCUGUCCGCUCACCAGCAAGUACCUCCUGGUCUACUAUAAGUGCCGACCAGAGUACCACCACACCAGACUUGUGUGUGAAAACGAGCGUCUGAGGUUGGCGUGCAGAAACGAGACCGUCCUCGCCAUCUACUCUGCUACAUUUGGUCACCUGCUGCAUGGCAGUCCUCACUGCCCUGAAGAACCCAGAUUCCAAAAUGAUAUGGAGUGUUUGUCAGCUGUAGCUCUGAGGAGGGUGUCACGCAGGUGUCACGGCAGAGCUAACUGCUCAGUUCUAGCUGACACCCAAACCUUUGGGGACCCUUGCUUUCCCGGUACCAGGAAACACCUGCGAGUGUCCUUUACUUGUGUUCCCAGGUUUCUUCUAGAAGAUGUGGGCCGAGGCUCAACAGAUCCUUUCAUGAUCUCAGACUACACACACGGAGGAUGGUACACUGGCCCCACCUAUAAGACUCAAAAUGUGUUUGUAACCAACUCUCUGGAGAUCUUUGAAAAAAUGUGGGUUUUCCCGGAGCGAGUAGCUCUGUACUUCGUUUCUGGCAUCUGUGCUGGACUGGUGUUCCUACUCUGCCUGUUUGGAAUUCGCUCCACCAUAGUGAGAGAUGUUAAGGAUCUGGUUUCUGACCUGAAUGAUCAGAUAAAAGCAUCACGCAGAAAGAGGAAGGAGCUCAUAGACAACCUCUUCGAUGAAGAAGUCUCAGACACCUCCUCCUUCUGUCGCCUCACACAGUCUUACCGUACAACAGAUGUUCUCAGCCCGUCAGCUCUAACAAUGGAGAUGGUUGAUGUGCAGCAGACGAGGGAUUUGCCCAUUGGAGACAUCUGGCCACACCUGGACUCUAGUCCUUAUGCAAUUCACAAAAUAAAAACCUACAACAGUUGAGUGAAGCCAUAUCCGGUGAUUUAAAAGAGCAGAAUACACACAGAGAGAUAUUUGAUUGAAUGUCACCUAACUUACACCUCUCUGAAUUAACUAUGUUCAUAAUGUAAAACACACAAUAACAAGGAGUCAUUGUGCUCUAUUCAAACUACUAUUUGUUCAGAUUUGAUUUGAACAAGUAUGGUUUUAUCCACAAUGACAUUUAUCUUCUCUGAUUUAGACUUUCUUUGUGUAAAGGAAUGGACAAGGCUCAGAUGAACUCUAUCCAUUUGAUUGACUUUUCUUUAAAAUAUUCUGUUUCAUAACUGUUCAUUCUGGUGUUAGUCUCAAACAACUCCACAAUAAUAAAACGUUUCCAAGGAAACU